AAUUCUGCUUAUCACCUUGUCCACGCCAGUCAGCAUUUCGAUUGUAGUUGCGAAUUCUCCGCUUGAAGGAACAACAAGACUAUGGCUUCAAAGGAUCAUGCGCAGGCGGACGGUCCAGACCCUGCCACAAGUGCGGCUGAAUCGAUAUCCGCCGCCCCCGAACCCUCACAACCGGUAUUUAGCACAGCUAUCGAAGCGGACGACAGUGCGAUCAAGUCUGCCCCGUCUACAGACGCUCCGCAGGAAAAGUAAUACAGAGGCAGUUCCUUUGGCCACCGUAUCACCAGGAACAGAGGAGCAAAAGAUAGCAGCAACAGCGCCCGAGCUAUCAUCCGAUGCAUCAGUCAAAGAGCCGGAGCCGGAAGAAUCCGGACCUUCCUUGACAAUCGUCCUGCUGUUAAUAACGGGCACGCGAUACCCCAUCAAAAUCGAUGCAAACUACUUACGGAAAAGAGAUAUCACUGUGGAUAAUAAUGAUCCGUUUGCUAUGAGCGUUUACACUUUGAAGGAGUUAAUCUGGAGGUCAUGGCAGGAAGAUUGGGAAACCCGCCCAUCAUCCCCUAGCUCUAUCCGCCUAAUCUCGUUCGGAAAGCUACUUGACGAUAAAUCUCCCCUCUCAGAUUCCAAGUUCAGCAGCGACGCACCCAAUGUAGUGCAUAUGACUGUUAAACCCCAGGAGGUCGUUGACGAGGAGGACGCCAAGGGUGGUAAGACACAGUACUCCCGCGAUCGAGACACCAGUGAACGGAGCCCACGGUGUCGCUGUGUUAUCCAAUGAAGAACGGAGACGUUUGUACACAUAGCCGUAGACUGCACUCUGCACAUUACCCACCGGGAUAGGGCCGAUUUCAAGGACAUUUCUCCCCCAAUCACCUCUGCAUACCGGCAGAGGUGCG